GACUAUAUAUUCUGGAGAAGAUGCUUGAUUCGGUCAGUCUUCCUGAAAUCAAGUAACCGCAAACGCACAAUGCUUUUCCAUCACAACGUACUCGUGACGGUACUGUUCCUGACUUCGAUACAAAGUUUUGGAUCUGCAUCUAAGGAUACGGUUCCAUCUAUCCAUGGUUCGGACGAAACCAGGGAAUGGAUCAAAAGGAUUGUUGGCUCGUUACGACAACCGUGGAUUGAAGGUUUCAAAUCUGUUCUCCAUACCACUGAAUCUUCCUGUGCGACCGAAGUCGCGGUGUUGAUACAAGCAAUGGAAUCUGGCCAAGAAUGGGCUUUUCAAAUGCUGGAUGCUUCGUCGGGUUUUCAAACCGGACUUAUGAAAGGAAACUUUAGAGACGUCGGAUUGUACGACGAAUGCGUCGAAGUCAAUGGGCAAUUCAACCACGUCAAUAUUCGGGGUAAGCACUGCAUGGUUUCUCUGGGUUCGGCGUCUCCUAUGUCACCUGAGGUUAUUGGUGUCGAUUAUCUCCGCAUUUCAUCAUCGAUUUGUGUUCCAUCGUCGUGCAACGAGACUCAGGUUGAGCAGAUCGUCAAUGCUACCGUCGCGAACAUACCAACUAUCAGCCACCUAGGAUUAGAAGCAAGUAACGCGUUCUGCGCGGACGUGGGAUCCGAUGACGUGAGUGCUGGAGAAAUUUACACGCUAAUUUUUUUUCUGGCCGUUGCCGUAUUCAUGAUUGCUUGUACGAUCUGCGACUUUGCGAGACGACACAAGCAGACAGAAGCAUCUACCGUAAUGAAUACGUUGGCCAAAUUUUCCCUCUACACCAAUGCACUCGCUGUUUUAAGCACGAAAGUAGAAUCUGACACGUUUCAAUCAAUCGAAGGCAUCAGAGUUUUGAGUAUGUGCUGGGUCAUACUGGGUCAUCGUUUCAUCGGUUUAUUCAUCAGGCCAGUUGUCAAUGUAUUUGAAGUUGCUGAAUGGCUGAAUUCAUGGACAUCUUUGUACAUUCAAGCCGCGCCAUUUGCUGUCGAAACCUUUUUUCUAGUGAGCGGAUUUUUCACGGCUCACCUGCUUCUUAAAGCUUUGAAUUCGGGGAGACAAAUCAAUUGGCCAAUGUUUUACCUUCAUCGUUACCUCCGACUCACGCCAUCUUUGGUCGUCGUUAUGUUGUUCGUUUCAUUUUUUAUGAAUCGCUUUGGAAACGGCCCCCUAUGGAAAAUUUGGAUUGGUGACCACGUAGAAAUUUGCAAAAACAAUUGGUGGUUUGAUAUAUUAUACAUUCAGAACUUUUUGAAUCCAGAUGUUACGUGCUUACCCUACACCUGGUACUUGGCUGUUAAUAUGCAGCUUUUUUGGCUAUCGCCAAUUGUCAUAUAUCCACUUUACCGCUGGCCAAAACAUGGAAUCCGAAUACUAGGUUUCGUCCUCCUCGCCUCGAUCUUUAUACCACCCGUUGUUCUAGGUAUCAAUGGUUACACUAACAGAAUAUUUACCAUGCGCGUAGACUUGGGAAUACUAGUCUUCGGGGACUUGGUCAACUUCUACAUAGCAACUUACAAUCGAGCCAGCGCUUACUUCCUCGGAAUGUUCUUGGGUUACGACGUAGCGACCAAGAAGAGGCAACUUACGAAGGUGAACGUAUGGAUCAACUGGAUUGCAACCUCCGUUCUUCUCCUAUUUUGUAUGUGUGCUACUCACUGCAAUUACAACAAUGCUUUUGCGUACAACCGUGUAUUCGAAGUUGUAGUCGCACUUACGUUACGUUCGUGUUGGUCGAUUGCCAUUGCUUGGAUCAUUUAUGCAUGUACUCACGGAUAUGGAGGCCCUGUUAACAGCUUUCUGUCCAUGCCGUUCUUUCGGCCACUCAGUCGGUUGUCAUUUUCCACUUACUUGGUGCAUAUGUUGAUCCAAUGUAUGAGGAGUGCGGCCGCACGGACUCCUGUGGUGUUUUCGAAUUCUUUGAUAAUUCACGAGUAUUUGAUUGAUUUGGUGCUUUCGAUCGUCGCGGCUUUUGUUUUCACCUUAUUUUUUGAGUCUCCAUUGGUUGUGUUGGAGAAAAUUUUCGUCAGUUCCAAAUCAGAGGUUAACCGAGUCACUCUGGUGCGAGGCACGGAUAACGGACUGCAGGUUAAGGAGGAAGGAAUUCGAAAGGAAUCGACGAAGAAGGACUGAUGUUGCCGUUUUCUGUCAACCGUUAUAUUUUAGAAAAUAUUAUGUCGAGAAUUGCCACUGUUAUAGAAUAGUUAUACCCACCCUACUCCUUCUUUUAUUCAAGUCCGAUUUUUCUUCGUGUCUGACGCGCGCUGCACCAUAAUUAUUAGCUGUAUCGGAUUGUACUUGAUUACGCAUGUGGAAAUAUUUUGUUUCAAUAAAAAUUAUUGAUUGAUUUCGAAU